UCGCAUCGUAGCACUAGAUCCGUUUGGCCAGCCGUCAAUGGCCUCCACGAUAAGUAGAGUGGCCACACUUCCUCUUCUUGCAAGAGCAGUACCGCAACGUUAGAGAAAGCAAAGCAAGCAGCCCCGGGUGAUCAACAACCUCAAAGAUGGAGCCGGUGGGCAGCAUCGUGGGCGCGGUGCCGAAGGUGGCUUCGGCGAUCGCCAAGGCAGUGAAGACGGCUCGCCGGAACAAGACCAGGUGCCGGGAGCUAGCCCAGCGCGUGAAGGAAGUCGACGACAUCCUGAGGGAGUACAAGAAGGUGGCCAUGGGAGACGCGGCGGCGACGACGCGGAAGAUUCUGGGCCGUCUCAAGGACGCCCUCGACGACGCGCUCAAGCUCGUCGAGUCCUGCGGCAGGAGCAGGGACGGUCUGCUCUUCAGGCUCCACAGGUUCGUGGCCAGCGACGGGCUCGCCGCCAAGCUCGAUGACGUCAACAGUAGGAUCAACAACUGCCUCAUCGCCCUCCAGGCCGUCAACGUUGCCCACCUACAGAAGAAGAUGGACCGCCACCUCGCCGUCGCCGCUGGUGGGGGCGAUCACCGCCGCACAAACAAUCCAAGGGAGAUCAACGCCGGCAAGAGCGGCAACAAAGGUAACAAGGGCGGGCAGCAGCACAAGCAGAACGGAGGGAAGGGCGGCAAACGGAGGAAAGGCAAGAAGGCGGCCGGGCCACCGCCGCAGCCGCAGCCAUGCACCCCCACCGGCGCCGUCUUCCCUUACUACCUUGUCCACUCCAUGGAGGAGGAUCCCACCUCCUGCUCCGUGAUGUGAUCCACGCGCGCGUGCACGGAGGAAGCCAUGCAAGCAUCUAAGCUCCGGCAGCUGCGCAGGCGCAGCUCGUGCUUGAUCCAUCACCACCAGUGAUGACGACGACGGCGCCGCCGCCGCGGCGACACCCAAAGAAUCGCCACGGCGGCGAGCACCGAUCGAGAUCAAGUACCAAGGGUACUGCAUGAUUCCCCGAACAGGUCAAGCUUUCAUUUUAUCGCAUAUUUGGGUAUCCGGAAAUCCAUGGACUACGUGAUGAUACACAUAACACAUGGAUUUCCACAUCAUGCAUUCGGGUUGCAACGGAAUUGGGUUGGAUAUCAUCUGAACUGCAUUUAAUUUCAUGAUCGGAUUCAAUUCAAAUUGGAUAUAUAUCCGCCCAUUCCUAGCUUCAUCUUAAUAAUAAGCAGUUUCAGUGUGAUCGAGUCUGUGUGUACUGUAAUGCUGUGUUCUGCAUGUCUGUGUAGUCGAGUUGAGUCCAUCAUGUUUGCUUCAUUCUGUAAUUCUGCAUGAUCUUCAGACGCUCUGCAUGAGCGAGUAGUAAUAAUAAUAAAGUUUGAAUGAAGUUUAUAUGCUCC